GGGAAUUGGAUUGUAGAAACUUCAUAGCGCAAAGUUCAGACGGCCGUCUUCGCUUAUUGGAGAAGAGCGUCCGGCCGCAUGCGGAUGAUCUAUCCCCUUCCUUGUCGCGUGCGGCGACGGAGCAUCCACAGAUGCUGUCGGUACCGUCACAUCCACCUCAAACAGCCACACGAUGUCGACCUCAACUGAGAACAGCAGCCAGCCCUCUCUAGUCGAGUUCCUCAACACCCUUCCAUCACCCCUCAUCACAGCUCUAGUUGGCCUAGCACCCUAUAUUGCGAGGAUCCGUCGUCUUGCGCUUGUAUUGAGUUGGAAAUCAUCAUGGGAGGACAGCUGGAUUGCCAUUGCUGCGUUGUGGGCGAUAUGCUUGCUGGCAGAGCCUGGCCUCAGGUAUAUGCUCCCCUUCGCGAUCCUCCUGACUCUACUCAUCGCAAAGAGAAGACCAAAACCUGAGUCUGAACUUCACGUCAUGACAGAAGAAAAUCUGCAGCAGGCAAUCAGCGACUUGACGAUCAUACAUUCCCUCCUGCCUGCUAUUCUUACACCGCCACAAGUCCCAUCUCAAUCGUUGCCCGCACUCGUGCUCUUGCGCAUAUUCGGACUCCUUUACGUUCCAUAUCUGGUACUAACCCGCCUCGUACGGCUGCGUGUGUUGCUUGCUGUCCUCGGAACGAUUGUGCUCACCUGGCGCGCCCGUUGGGCGGCGCUCGUGCGACGUGCUCUUUGGCGCAGCGCAUACAUUCGCUGGGCUAUCUACCGGUUAUGGGCAUACCUAUGUGGACAGCCUUUCGCACCCCAAGCCGUUUCCUCCAGUAGUCCGACGAAUGCGACCGUCUCGGCGACCGCCACCCCCACGUCCGACUCUCAUCAGCCAGCAGAAAUCGUGCGAUUCCUGUUCACCAUAUAUGAAAACCAGCGCUGGUGGGUGGGGCUUGACUGGACUGCCGCUCUUCUGCCAAACGAGCGACCGUCAUGGUGCUCUGCGUCCCUACAGCCAGUCGCGCCUCCCGCAACCUUUGCACUCCCUGCAUCUACAACAAUCUACAUGCCCGGGCCUGACGGCGCGCGUGUGAAGCGCAUUGCCCGGUGGAAGUGGGCAGAGCCGGAGUGGCGCGUUGGGCUACACCGCGAGGGCGAGGCAGCAGCCCGGGUGGAGAAGCCGCUUCCGAAGGACGAAGCUCCGGGAACGGCAUCGGCGAGUGCUGCUAGGAUGCUGAAAGCUGCAGGGAAGAUUCGAGAGGGCAGUGUCAGCAUGAGCGGUAGCCCAGAGCGCAGCAGAGAGAAGGAGAAAGAGAAAGAUGAAGGUGAGAAUGAAGAAAGAAAGGAUGGAGAGAUCUUUACGGAUGUGGAUGGCUGGGUAUAUGCGGAUAACAAGUGGGAAGGGGGCAAUGCAAAGGCUGGGAUGGGCAAGUAUACGCGCUACAGGCGCUGGACACGGAUAGCCAUCCUGAUCGAAACUGUCGACUCUGUUGGGCCUGGUGAGAUGGGGAUCCAGAGGGACGGCGAGGAGCAGAAGCCAGCGACAGUCACAAAGUCUGAUGACUCGCCAAUACCUCCUCAAUGGGAGCCCGCACAGGGGAGGCACGACAGUCUGGACAAGAAACAUCAUGGUGACAGCGCGCAUGGCGACGAAGAUAGUCUGACACGACGCUUGAAGGCGGUGGUGCAGAAUGCGGUGCCUCCACCAUAAUCGGUUGGUACUCUGACGACCGAGCAUGGACUGUCGGCCCUCUGCAUAACAGGCGCUACUCAGACCCGGAAAUAAUUGGUGUGCAGGACAUCCCAUGCGAACGUUGGGUCGAUGGCGCGGUCAUCUCGCGAUGCUUUGGAUAUUCCCUACUAAUCGGUUGUACUAUAUCUUGCCCGUCGUCUCCUCGUGUACUCUCACAUCUUCAUUAUUGCACCUUGAAACGCCAACCAUGGCAUCGAA